UUAUUUUAAAUUGAUGAUUUUUUUGGGUUUUAAGAGAGGUGCAGAUCCUGGAAUGCCCGAGCCAACUAUAUGGAGAACCAGCCGAUGGACAGAGAAAGUGUCUGAAGAUAUGUACAUUCCAGAGGAUGAGGCGGACACUUACACCAGCUGUCUCAAUCAGCUUGCUAAUGACAUAGGUUGUACAUACAACAAAAUGGAGUUUAUAUGGACCUAA